AUGUCCAUUAUUUUACAGUCUCCACAGGACAGAGGGACCCAGCAGAGACCAGAACCUGAUCCUGAACCUGAUCCUGAACCUGAUCCUGAACCUGAUCCUGAACCUGAUCCUGAACCUGAUCCGAACCUGAACCGAAACAGCUUGAAUUUCCAUCCCUGUUGGUCUUACUCUCUGUGUAACAGGAUCCAUCAAAGACCAGACUCUGCUAAACCUGAACCCAGCUGUGUGUCCUUUAAGAGCUACUGGUCAUAUGAUCGCAUCAUUACCUUAAAAGGAGAGCAACCCUCUGCUGAAAAGAGAGUAGACCAGGACAGCUCAGAGGUUCCCAGUGGUCAUUCUGCCCAGGAGCACCAAACACACCAGGACUCUAUAUUUAUGGAAGGAAGUCCAGCAGGAGUUUGUAAGCGUAAACUCAAAUCUCACCUAAACAACGAAGUUCCAGUGUAUGUUUGAGGGGAUUGCUAAAGCAGGAAACCCAACCGA